AUGGCGUCAUUGGAUGGUUUCCGCCCCACCUGUUCACUGGAAUGUCACCUGUGUCGCGGCAGAAACAUGGAGGGUUUAGAAGACGAGCUGACGUGUCCCGUGUGUCUGGAGUUGUACACCUGUCCGCUCCUGCUGCCCUGCCAUCACAACCUGUGCCGCAGGUGUGCGGAGGCGUUCCUCGAGACUCUCCCCGAUGAACCAGCGGGGGCACAGACCGCCUGUUCCUCGGAACCAGCCCCUCCUUCCCCCGAAGGAACACCGAUAGGUUUUCCUUGUCCAACGUGUAGGAAGGAGGUUCGUCUGGGUGACCGUGGUGUAGACGGGCUGAGCAGGAAUCUUUUGCUUCAGAAUAUCGUUGACAGGUUCAAACAAAUCCAUGCACCGUCGAACUUGAAGAGAGCAGUGGCAUGUCUGGUCUGUGAUGCAACGCCACCUAGAGAUGCAGUGAAGAGUUGCACCACAUGUAAGCUGUCCUACUGCGACGAGUGUCUGAAACUGCUGCACCCACCCCGCGGCGGGCUAGCCAAACACAAGCUUGUAGCACCUUUUGAUGAGUUACAGGCACUUGUGGUGUGUCCGGAACACAAGGAUAAACCCGUCGAACUUUACUGCAUGCAAGACAGUACCCCGGUCUGCUCGCUCUGCAAGCUGGUCAGCAAGCACAAAGACCAUGACGUAACUUCCUUAGAUGAGGCAUUUGAGAGCAGAAGGGUGGACCUGCAGAAAAUCGUCGACGAAGUUUCUGAAAAGACCGAACUAGAGACGAAGAAGAUCGAGGUACUCGAAGCAAAAAAGGCAGCAAUGGAGAAUCACGCAGCUCAACUGAGAUUACAAAUCGAAACCGAAUGCGAUGAACUGAUAGACAUUAUCCGGCAACGCAAACAUGCUAUGUUGGGGAGGGUGGAUACGGUAGCGCAGGCUGAUACUGCCAGGAUGAAAACUUUUAUAGAUAGCUGUCAGGAUGCGGUCAAGGCUACAAAGUCUUCACUUGCACUUGCUAAGGAGGCUCUCAAAGAAAGCGAUCCAGCCUGCUUCUUACAAUCAGAACAAGCGGUCAGGAGACAAGUCGAACAAAGCAAAGACACCCUUGUACAAGAUGAAGAGUACACACGUAUCCCCACUGAUCGCCUCUGUUUGAACAUGGGCCCGAUAAAGACUUUGCUGAGGGGUCUUGAUUUGCCAAGUCCCCCGGUUAUCUGCCCAGACCAGUGUACUACGGCAAUGCCCGUGCACGAAGCAAGGGUGUCGUGGGAGGCCGAAGACAAUGCAGGCGUUAAGUUUGACGUCAUCUGCUCACGAGUCGACAACAACACCCAAGCAGUCAGCGUGAGGGAUGUAUGGACCAAAUCUUCUGAGCUGAGAGGUCUGCAAGAGCGCACAAGCUACGAGGUCGCUAUUCUCGCUAAAUGCGAUGGUGGUGUAGCAAGAAGUAACAACUUCCUUUUCAAAACGUCAGACCAGCCCUCAAACAGUGGCCGGGGGGGCCGGGGGGGCCGGGGGCGGGGCGUGGUGAGGAAAGGGACGAGAAUGGCGGAUAUGUGUAAGACGCGUCACCCAUCAUGCCCUCGAGAGUUAUAUUAUGAUUAUCCGGAGUAG